AGUAUAACUUGACAGGUUUCAGAUUACAGCAAUGCGAGCUUGUUUGGUACUCCUGGCCCUCCUGGUGGCUGAGGGUAUAGCCCAGUCCAAGAAGAAGGACGGGAGUCUAGCAGACAGGGUUGAGCAGCUUACAGAACUCUCCCUCAAGCGUCCUGUGAUCCGUUUGAACGGGAACAAGUUCCGCGAGCUAGUAAAGGGGACCCCCAGGAACUACAGCAUAGUCGUCAUGUUCACCGCCCUCUCCGCUAACAGGCAGUGCGCUAUUUGUAAACAGGCGAGUGAUGAGUUCCAGUUGGUCGCCAACUCCUACAGAUAUUCUCCCGCAUUUUCCAACAAACUUUUCUUCGCUAUGGUUGAUUUCGACGAAGGACCAGAUGUUUUUCAGUCCAUGAAACUUAACACUGCCCCUGUCUUCAUGCACUUUCCGGAGAAGGGUAAACCUAAGAAGCAAGACAACAUGGAUAUCCAGAGAAUUGGAUUUAGUGCUGAUGUUAUCGCCAAGUGGGUUGGAGAGAGGACUGAUGUAAAUAUCCGCGUAUUCCGUCCUCCCAACUACACUGGCACUGUUGCUCUUCUCAUGCUUACAACACUCAUUGGAGGCCUUCUCUACAUCAGGCGUAAUAACCUCGAAUUCCUUUACAACCGUACUGCCUGGUCUCUGAUUGCCAUGUUUUUUGUGUUCGCCAUGACCUCUGGACAGAUGUGGAACCAUAUUCGUGGACCUCCUUUCGUUCAUAAAACUCAGCAGGGUGGAGUAGCGUAUAUUCAUGGAUCUAGCCAAGGACAGUUCGUUCUCGAGACAUACUUCGUGAUGUUGAUCUAUGCACUGAUAGUCUGUGGUAUGAUUAUGUUGAUGGAGGCAGGAGAGAGCAAGGGAGACUCAGGGAAGAGAAGAGCUUUGGCUGUUGUUGGUUUAGUUCUCCUGGCUUUCUUCUUCAGUCUGAUCUUGUCCAUCUUCAGAUCAAAGGCUGGUGGAUAUCCUUAUAGUUUCCUUUUCAAAUAGUUUAUACUGCUUCAGAUAUCCAGUCUUAUCCAUCCAUCUUGGUCAUCUCAAGAUAUCCAGACUAAUCCAUCCAACUUGGUCAUCUCAAGAUAUCCCUUUUGCCUGGUUUAUGUCCAGCUAACCAAUAAUUUACAUCUACACUGUAAUCCUCUACACCUACCCUGCAGUCCUCUACAUCUAACCUGUAGUCCUCUACACCUAGCCUGCAGUCCUCUACAGUCUGAACCUAACCUGUAGUCCCCUGCAUCUACCCUGUAGUCCUCUACACCUAUCUUUUUUAGUCCUCAACACCUGACCUGCAAUACUUCUACCCUGCAGACCUCUGUACCUACCCUGCAGUCCUACACAUCUACCCUGCAGACCUCUGCACCUACCCUCCAGACCUCUGCACCUACCCUGCAGACCUCUGCAUCUACCCUGCAGACCU